GAGCAAGCUGGUUCAGACACGCUUCCCGCAGCAGAUAAGUUUCGUUUCUCCUUCAGGAUGCGGCCGUUCACGUGGCUAGCGGGUUCAUAUGCGGCGGGGCGGGCGCGGGGCGCCGACACAGGAGACGCUGAGCUCCGCAGCGAGGACAUCUUUUUCUGGCGCCAUGGGGCGCGGUGGAGCCGGGAGAGGCGCGAGGAAGGGCGAGGCGGCCCCGGCAGCGAAAGGGGACGGAGGCACUGCGGGAUCCAAAGGGCGAGGGAAGGGCAGACGGGGCGACGAGGGAGACCGGGCAUCGCAGCAGGCGGGGAAAGGAGUUGCUGCCUCAAGUGGGAGGAAAACGUCCCAGAAGAAGAAGGAGCCGGACCAAGCUAAGAGCAAACUUGCUCCCGAGGAGCCUGGCUUGUGGCAGGCGCUGGAAAAGCUCGCGCUCGGUGCAGGGGAGCGCGCCGACGCCGAGGAACCCCUGCAGGCAGCCAACGGCGCGGCUGCCCAAAGUGGGAAGAAAGGCUCCCAGAAGGAGCCGCCGGAUCAAGGGAAAGCCGUAGGGGGGGCCCGGAGGAAACUGGAGAGCACAUUUGCUCCCGAGGAGCCUGGCGCGAACGACAUCCCAAGCCUGAUACAGGCGCUGGCAGUGUGCACCAUCUCGGCAGAGGAACGGCCCAAAGCCGAGGCAGCAAACGGCGCUGCUGCCCCGAGUGGGAAGAAAGGCUCCCAGAAGGAGCCGCCGGAUCAGGGGAAAGCCGUAGGGGGGGCCCGGAGGAAACUGAAGAGCACAUUUGCUCCCGAGGAGCCUGGCGCGAACGACAUCCCAAGCCUGACGCAGGCGCUGGGAAUGUGCACCAUCUCGGCAGAGGAACGGCCCAAAGCCGAGGCAGCAAACGGCGCUGCUGCCCCGAGUGGGAAGAAAGCUUCCCGGAAGGAAAAAGGCGCGCAAAAGGCGCGGGAAGCCGAGCAGGCUAUGUGUGCUCUGGUAAAACUAGAGCCUGCCCCGCGAGGAAGCGCAGUAGUUGCCCCCAACAAGCUGGUCGCUUCCCAGAAGGCGAAGCCUCUCCCCAAAGAGGAGGAGGAAGUCGGCCAGCCAGGCAAAGAAAGCGCCUCCGCAGGGAGGAGAGAUUCCCGAAAGACAGAGCAGGAGAAGGCGGGGAAGGAGGCCGGCGGCCGAGGGACGCUGCUUCCCAAGGAGCCUGGCCCAAGGGGCAACCGCAGCUUGAGGCAGGUGCUGGAAAAGCUCAGGCUAGCUAAAGAGGAGCGCUCCAAGGCCGCGCAGCUGGUUAACAUGGUCAGGGACAUCCUGGUAAAAGCAAUAAAGAGGGAAGCCUGCUUCUCCUGCGUCGAAGUGCUGGGCACCGGCAGUUACUACGAACACCUGAAGGUAAUAGAAGGAAGAUGCAAUGCUGGAGACUGCUCGGGGCAUCUGCUCGGGCUUCUUUCCUUGCACCGGUCCAAAAGCUGCCGGAUCACAAACCUUAAAAACACUGUAGUUAUGGAUGCUGAGAUUUGGGGGUGAUGUCAGCAUUCUUGCCCUCCUGUUGAGUAAACAGCGGGUUUUCCCAGGGAAAGCAUGGGGCAAAAGAAAGACCUCUCGUUGUAGCUAUGGGGUGGGGAAAAGCAUUUUUGCCCCAGAUGAAGCCUCCAGAGGGGUGCCAUUGAGGUUGCCAGCCUGUGUGGGUGUAAGCAAAUGUGUGUGGGUUUUGAUCACUAUUAUGCACCUAGCAAGGGUAUUUCAAAUGACAUGACUGCGCAGAAGCACUUUUCAGUGGUUGUCUCCAGAGGGCUGUAAGGAUGACCUUUAGUCUGGAGUCAUGAGAACACAAGUUAUUAACACAUUCUGGGACAUAGUAAAUUGUGAGAAAUGUUUUUGUCUGUCUUGCAGAUUUCUAACCCAAAUGAAUUUGAUAUUAUGCUCAAAGUACCAGAUAUGAGAGUUGAACUAGAAUCCUGCAAUGUUCCUGCUUCUGGUGCUUUCUUCUAUGUAAAAUUGAAAAGGAACCCUGGAGAAAAGGCAUAUCUAGCUAAAUUUUUAGAUGACAAAAUGCAUCUUUCAUCUUCUGAUAUGCUGUCAGCACUGAGGAACAUUAUUGUAGAAGAAGUAAAAAAAAAAAGGGGUAAGUAUUCAUUACAUUAAUUUUUUUCCUUCCUCUUCAGAGAUAAGCAACCCUCCUUAAAUACUGUGUGCAAACAGAUGAAUGCUCUCUAGUCCCACUGAAAUUUAUAGGUCCAAUUAGAAAUACAGUGGUGCCCCGCAAGACGAAUGCCUCGCAAGAUGAAAAACUCGUUAGACGAAAGGGUUUGGCGUUUUUUGAGCUGCUUCGUAAGACGAAUUUCCCUAUGGGCUUGCUUCGCAAGAUGAAACGUCUUGCGAGUUCGUUUCCGCUAAGCCGUUAAUAGCCGCUAAGCCGCUAAUAGCCGUGCUUUGCAAGACGAAAAAACCACAAGACGAAGAGACUCGCGGAACGGAUUAAUUUCGUCUUGCGAGGCACCACUGUAGUAAUGUAGGAUUUCUGCAAUGGAAUUGAAAAACUCAGCUGCUUGAAAUGGAAGAUAAGAUUAGUUUGAUAAGCAGAAAGUUAGUUAAACAUCUAGUUUAAUAGAAACAUUAGUUUGAUAAGCAGAAAGUAACUAGUCAUGUUAAUUUUAAAUGCUGAACACCUGCCAUUUUUGCCAUAACAAAAAGUUAGUUGAACUGAAAUAUUUGGUUAGAAGAAUGUCAAUAUAAAAUUGACUUUGCAUUGUAAACAUUUACUAUACAAAUUGGAUAUUAUUUUUAUUGGGAAACAUUAAAUAUUGUAUAUUUUAAGAGAUAACCCAAAAUAUACUGCAAAGAAUUCAACAUCACCCUUUCCCAAAUGUUCUAGGAGCACAAGCAUAUCGGCUCGCCCAAUGGAGCUAUCUCCCCUCUCCUCCCUGUUCUGGAAGUUCUUCAACCCACCUCUGAGCCUAUUUGGAGGGGGUACUUGGGGAGCUGAAAGCAGACAAGGCCUGUUGCACUGGCAGAAAUCCUUGGGCAGGCUUCCACUAGCCAGGCCUGUUAGUUGAAUCCAGCCUACAGCUUCCUUAAUAAUUGUGUUAUAUUCUUGUUCACCACAUAGUGUUUAAACUGGAAUUUAGUUUUUUGUCGCAGAGUAAGAAUAGCAGAACUGUAGUGCCACUACCACAUUUUUCCCCCCAAGGUCUGUGUUAGCUGCUGGCAUUAAGUGCCAUAACUGAAGUUGAUGCUGCUUACUUGGCUAUAUUGUUUUAAGUACAUAUUCUUAACUUCCUGUUCAAAUCAUUGUGAGGUGGGGAAAUCUUAAUGAAACACAAUGAAAUUGGUUUGGAUUGGAUUGUUGCUGUUGCUGUCAACAGAUCUGGAUGUGGAAGUGCAUGUAGAGAGAAAGAAGCCGGGAUGCCCAGCAGUAACCCUUCUCAUUGGAAAGCCUCCCUCCGUUAUAUCAGUAGAUAUCAUUCUUGCUUUGGAAUUUCGGCGCCGGGCCUGGUGUGAAAGUACAAGGAAUGGCCUGGAUAUUACAGGAUGGCUAGGAAGAAAAGUAAAGAAUGCCUUUUUAAAUGAACCACUCUACCUCGUGCCCAAGAUUGCCAAAGAUGGAAAGUGCUUAAUAGGUACUAAAGCUUUUCUUUGGCUAAAUACAUAAUGCACAAAGUCAUGUCACUGUAUCAGGUAUUCUAGCUGUUGUGUGGUGGUAGACUAUUUUCAAGGGCCUACAUUAAUUGGUUAUUCUUUCUAUGUGCUGUAAAUAACAACAAAUGUUAUGAAGUUCCAGGGUCCCUGUUCUGUUAUUUCUUAAGAAAAUAGACUCCUCCUUUAAAAGAAUAUUAAAGCUGGGCAAGAGUCAGCAGACCAAUCCUAAAGGCACAAUUGAACAACAGUGGGAUAAGCUCUCUGCUUCAUGGUAGCUAAACUUCCUAUACAAGCAGAAAAGUGAAGAACUGGGUUGUAUUCCUUUUUCCAAGGCUAAGAUACCACUUGACUUGGAUUUUGCUCAGCAUAUCUAUGCACAGUGGCAGGAUUUAGGCCAGAGCCAGCACAAGGGCAAAAGUAGUGCAUUUCCACAGCUGAAAGUUUUUGCUUAUGAGUUUCAGUGUUCAUAUAGUAGCUAAAAGGGUCACAAAAUCUGUCACUAAUAAACAGUUAAAAAAUAGCUCAAUCAACAUGUUCUUUAAAGAGAGAUUUCCAAUAUUUUACAUUGUUUCUUUUUUAAAAAAAAACACCUUAGAAAACACUUGGCGACUCUCUUUUUCACAUAUUGAGAAGGCUAUAAUGACUAAUCAUGGCAACUCAAAGACCUGUUGUGAAAAAAAUGGACAAAAAUGCUGCAGGUUAGUAUCUUUAACUACUGUUUUCCUAUUUGUUUUGUCAGUUUUAGCCACUAUAUAAGUCUAGAAAAUGCUUAAGAAACUGGGAAAUUGUAAGGAUUUAUUGGCUACAACUCUCAACUAAAUGUACUGCCAAACUAUCAUUUAAACGAGGUAUAAAAUGGAUGUAGUGCCAAAAUUCUGAAUCUUCAUAGGCUCAAAUCAAGAAUGAUUGAAUAUGGUAAAACUCCCUGUGCUGUGACAACUGUCUAACACAUGGGUCGGCAAACUACGGCCCCAGGGCCGUAUCUGGCCCAAUUGCCUUCUGGAUCUGGCCGCAGACGGCCCGGGAAUUGCCGCUGAUCGUUCAGCCUGUGCCAUCCCCCCCUCACGUGGUGGUGCCUCCUCCCGGCUUCUCCCUGCCCUGCCUAGAGCUGAGAGGAAGGGGAAGGGCUUCAUUGGUGCCAGGAGCAGCCAUGUGAGCGCUUGAGCAGCCAUCAUUUAAAGCAGCCCCUCUCCAGAGCCCUUUCGUGUGCUGCUCAUCUUCCCUCCGCCGCCAGCCCCUGCCACUUGCAAGGCACAGGUAAGCAGUCACCGGGACUCUUCCAGUGCUGUGGAGAAGGGAGGGGAGAGUCGUGGGGAGUUGGUGGCUUACCUGAGUAGAAUGUGUCCUUUUAUUUAAAAUGCAUCUCUGGGUUACUUGUGGGGCCUGCCUGGUCUUGCAUGCUGUGUUCUUUUAUUUAAAAUGCAGUGUGCAUAGGAAUUUGUUCAUCCCCCCUCCAUAUAGUCCGGCCCGCCACAAGGUCUGAGGGACAGUGGACCGGCCCCCUGCUGAAAAAGUUUGCCGACCCCUGGUCUAGUGAUUGACUAACUGCCAUUUUCUUAAGAGGAAAAAUAAUAAAACAGAUGUGGAAAAUCCCAAUUUGGGGCUUGUAACCAGUGGCACUUCCAACCACAUACAGUGGUGCCUCGCAAGACGAAAUUAAUCCGUUCCGCGAGUCUCUUCGUCUAGCGGUUUUUUUGUCUUGCGAAGCAACCCUAUUAGCGGCUUAGCGCUAUUAGCGGCUUAGCGGCUAUUAAAGGCUUAGCGGCUUAGCGGCUAAAAGGCUAUUAGCGGCUUAGAAAAAGGGGGGGGGAAGCAAAAAAAAUCUCAAGACUCGCAAGACAUUUUCGUCUUGCGAAGCAAGCCCAUAGGGAAAUUCGUCCUGCGAAGCGCAUCGAAAAACGGAAAACCCUUUCGUCUAGCGGGUUUUUCAUCUUGCGAGGCAUUCGUCUUGCGGGGCACCACUGUAUGCAGAAGGGAGACCUUGGUGCCAACAGAGUGACAGUGUGUCACUCCACAAGUGGAGGUUGCCAAGAAGCUAUUGAGGUUGUUAGGAUGGGCAGAGAGACACCUACACCUCAUUUCUAUUCCUUCAGCACAAAGGGAGUUUGGAUUGCUCUGUUAAUCUCCCAGCUAUUGUUGGUGACUAACAAGAGCCUAUAUUAAAGAAUGUGCACUUAAAUCAGCUGGCAUUCACUGACUCUGAGGUAAUUAUGUUAGACUAAUAAACUAUGAUUUAUUGUACAGAGAGUGAGCAUUGUGCCUGUGCAAAACUUUUGAGUUUGGGAAAUAACACUUUUCUGUUGCAUCUAAGCCAGGAAACCAUGGUUUAAACCUAUAUAUAGCAAGUAUCUUCAAUCAGGACCCACUUUUUCCCCUUUCCCUUUUUAAAAACUUUUUAUUGAUUUUAAAAACAAUACGGCACAAAGCAAUCAACAGAAAGAAAGGAAAUAAAACAUUCAUUCCAUGCUUAAUUCUUAUUGUAGGUGACAUUUUGUGAUCAUGACCUCCAGUCUCCCCACUGAGAUUCCCAAGUUACAUUCUUCAACUAGGAUAGACUCUAUAUACAUCCUAUUAAAUUUUUGGUCAGUGACAUCUCGGAAUUUUGCUGAUAAUCUAUUUAGUUCUGCACAUUCUCGCAUUUUGUUCUGCCAAUCUAGUUUUGAUGGGAUAGCAUCUCUUUUCCAGCCCUUUGCAAUUAAAAUUCUAGCUGCUGUUGCUGCAUACAUGAAAAUUCUCUUAAAUUUCUUUGGGAUUUCAUUGCUUAUUCCUAGCGAAGGCUUAAGGCUUUUUGAGGAGGGAACAUUUAAACAUUUUCUUAAGUUUGUUGUAUAUUAUCUCCCAGAAGUCUCUGAUUUUUUUUGCAGUUCCACCACAUGUUGAUCAUUGUGCCUUCCGCCUCCCUGCAUUUCCAACACGUGUUUGACCUAGAUUUGAGCAUUUUCAUGCAGUUCUCUUUUAGAUUAUAACACGCAGUGAAUUUUAUAUCUUCCCUCCAUAGCUUCUUCCAUGAUUCCGUUUAGAUGUUAUAACCAAAAUCCCUAGCUCACUGUACCAUUACUGAUUUUACUUCCUCCUCCUUGACCUCCCAGUCAAGGAGGAACCUAUACAUUUUAGAGAGUGGUUUGUAUUUAGUUUGGAUCAGAUCUUUUUGGAGUCUCAAAGGAUCUGUGGAAACACCCAAUUUUUUGUCCUUUUGGAAAGUGUCAUUCAGUUGAAAAUAUUGCAUCCAGUCUGUUAGGUGGUUUCGGAUUCUUAGAAUUUUUUGAGUUUUAACUUAUUUUUUUUUCUUCCAGCAAUUCUUUAUAGGUUGCCCAAUUACCUCUCAUAUUUUUCUUUUUAACCAAGAAUGCCUCUGUCGGGGACAGCCACCAAGGCAUUUUGGGUUCUAGUAAGGCCUUAUAUUUGGCCUUCACUGUAUAUAGAGAUUUCCUAACCACAUGGUUUAAGAAGCUUUUAUGUACUUUGACCUUCUCAUAACCCAAAUAAGCAUGCCAGCUGUAUCUAUUGUCAAAUCCCUCUAGAUCCAGCAAAUCCGUGGUUUGCAGUGUCAACCACUCCCGGAUCCAGGAAAGGCAAGCUACGGUACUUCAUGUUAGUUUCAGAUAUGGUAGUGCAAAACCUCCCCUCUCCUUUAUGUUGAUUAAUAAUUGGUGCUUAAUCCUGGGGUUUUUGACAUUCCAAGUAAAUCUUUGAAGCAGCCAGUCUUUGAAGCAGCUCACUGUUCCUAUCACCCGGAUAGUUUGAAACAAAAAGAUCAUUUUUGGAAGCAUACUCAUUUUUAUCAUAGAAAUUCUUCUCUAAAAGGAAAUAUUUAGCCUACGCCAAAUUUCCAAAUUGUUUUUUAUCUCCUUCUAGGUACUGACAUAAUUAUCUUGAAAUAAAUUGAUGUUCUUUGCUGUGAGCCAUAUACCCAGAUAUUUAACUUUUUUACUGGUUUCCAAGCCACAAAUCUCGCUUUUUUUCCUGAACCUCCAUAUUUUUAACUAGUAAUUUAUUUAUUUUUGCUUGAAGCCUGCCACCUCUCCAAAUUCAUUUAUCAAUUCUAAUGUUCUUAAGAAGUUUUCUUUUGGGUUCUCUGUAGUUAAAACUUUUAGUUUGUAAGAUUUCCCUCCUAUUACUACACCUCUUAUCUUCUCACCUUCUCUUAUCUUCUUGUUCAGGAUUUCCAGUACUAAAAUAGCAAUGGGGGGAGGGGGCAUCCUUGCCUUGUCCCCUUUCUUAUGUUACAGCUAUCUGUGAUGUUGCUAUUUAUGAGUUUUGCGCUCUCCUCCGUAUAGAUUGCCUCUGUUCCUCUGCAGAAGAUAUCUCCAAAUCCCAUUAGGUUAAUUUGUGUUUUCAUAAAGCUCCAUGAGAUAUUAUCAAACUCCUUCUUUGUGUCUACUAGCAUGAGAGCUGCUGGUUUGUCAUUUCUGAUUGCUAGGUACCCCAGUAUAUUAAUAAUAUUUCUUAUAUUACUAUUCAUUUGUUGUCCAGGGAGAAAGCCCGCCUGGUCUUCAUGGAUUAUUUCUCCCAGAGUCUUUUUUAAUCUCUCUGACAGGAUGUGUGCAAGAUAGUCAUUGUUGAGUAAUAAGAUUGGUCUGUAGCUUGAAAUAAGUGUUAGGUCUGUCCCGUUUGGGAAUUAAUGUAACAAAUGCUUCCUUCCUGUCAGGACUGGUCGUUGUCCUCUUCAGAUCACCACACAAACGCUUCUUGUUUUUUUAUAAAACUUUUUAUUGCGUAUUAACAAAACAAUCUUAUAAACAGUUCUUAACUUAUUCCUCAGAGUCACUUAUUUCAGAUACCUUCUGAGCUCUGCUUCUCCAUGACCAGCCACUCUCAAAAUGGCGAAGGCGCCCUUCCCUUUGCUUUCCCGCUCUUUUUUCUAACCUCCUGGCUAGAGCUGGCCUGUAUCUCCCCUCCUCCGAAUCUGAACUAGAACUUAACCCUUGCCUUUCCUGUGAACAGCCAGUCCCUCCCUGUUGUUCCUCUUGCUCUCUUCUGUUAUAUUCACUGCUCUCCUUCCCCCCUUGGCGAAUGCUUUCUCCCUUUGAGAAACUGGAAACUCUUCCCUGACACUUCCAUUUCUCUGGUGUUACUCCUUUGGCUAGUAUAUAGUUCAUUACCUCUUGUAAAGGUCGUGAUAGGGCUUCUUUCGGCUUCUUAUAAUAGCACGCUGACAGUCCAUCUGGACCCAGUGACUUCCCUGGUUUCACAUUCUUGAUUGCUUGUUGAAUUUCCAUGGCUGUAAUUGGUGCAUUAAGAUGUUUAAUUAUUUCACUUGGAAUUGCUGGAAGAUUGUUAUAGUUUAAAAAUUCUCCGAUCUCCUCACAAUCAGGAACCACUUUUAACCCAUUCCUUCAUCUUCUGUCAUGUAUUUCCAUGAUGGUAGUGCUCAUGUUGCAGCCUACUAUUGGGUCCUAUCCCACCUUUUAAAGAUUCAGUGCUAUAUAGUAAUAGGAAAUUAUUUUCUGAAUGUUGAUCCUUACAUAGCCAAAAUAACUAUCUCCUUUUCUUCUUUUUCAUCUCUCACCACUGCCAUCCCCUCUAGCUCAGAGUCAGCACUUAACUAGAGGGCAUGGCAGUGGUGAGAAAUGAAAUGUAUAUAUUUAAAACUUGAUGAUGUGAGGAAGGCAAUUUCUAGAAGCAUUUAUGGAACUGAAGAUGAAAGCACAUCCAAGUUACUUGUGGCAAAGGUUAAGCUAUGCUAUCUAAAAGUCCAACACAGUCCAUCUAAUAGCACAACCUGUCCCAAGCAGGUCUGUGUAUAGCAAAUAUCCCUGUUAAAUCAAUUGUUCCUAGUAGGAUGUGUGUUUCAGAAUAACAUAUUUCACAGUGUUUUUUAUUAUUUCCCAACAGGAAAGAUUGUCUUAAGCUUCUGAAGUAUUUGCUGGAGCAGCUUAAAACAAAACAUGAAAACAGAAAUCAGUUUGAAAAAUUCCACUCUUACUUAGCCAAAACUGCCUUUCUUCAUGCAUGUACCAAGUGGUCCCGUGAUGAUGAAUGGCUUGCAGCAAAUCUUCACGAAUGUUUCAACAGACUACUGGAUUAUUUCGUGGGUUGUCUCAGAGCGGCCGAGUUAAAACACUUUUUUAUACCUGAGUUCAACUUGCUUCAGACAGUUGAAAAGACAAAAUGUAAUGCACUUGCAAAAGUAAUUGAAAGUGAGCAAAACACUAUGUUUCCUAUAUUUUCCCUGUAACUUUAAAAUAAAGAGCUACAGUACUUGAAUUC